UUAGUGUUUGAAAGUCCGGUUUGGUCUGGUUUUUUGAUGCCCAGGGGUGUUAACUGUAACCGUAACCGGUCUGCCUUUUCCCCAGAAGUCAACAGACCAGACCAGACCAGACCGCAAAAAGACCGCAGACUGUGGUCUUUUGCAGUCUGUAGACUGGUUUCGGUCUGCAUCGGUUUUAACCGGUUUAUGACUGGUCUUUAG